AUGGCGCACUUUGAGGACCUCAGAAAGACCGCCUACAAGGCUGAGAAUGACCUUAAUUCCUACCAGGCCAAGCAGGGUAUCGGCAAGAAGAGUGACUCAACUCUCGAGUCCGGUGUCGACGAGACAGUCAACCAACGAUUCUCCGAGCCCACUAGUGUGAAGUACGGCCCUGGCUCAACCGCCUCUGGUAGCGACCACCGCAAGAUCCCCGAAGAUGAGGGUGGCACUCGUGAUGACCGUGGCAGACUCCCCAAGGCCGAGCACUUCCAGGGCGACGACGGCCCUGAAACCGGCGUGAAGCAAUAUUCCGAGAACCGCCCUGGCGACCAAGAUGCUCUGAACCUGCAGGACAUGAAGCGCCGCGGACUUGCUUAA